AUGGAGGACGGGUAUGACUUCGAGUAUGAGUCAGACGGGGGGCCCUGGGGGCCUGAAGAGGAAGGUUCUAUUCUCAUAGAGAACCUCUACUACGAGGCCCAAGACUUGGCUCUGAUUGAGGAGGUGCUCCAACGGGAGGCGGAAGCCCCUCAGAAACCAUGGUCUUUUAAGUCUCUUCUGUCGCUUACGUUGCUGUUCCUGAGAGAAGGUAAACUGGUGCCACCGUUGCUGGUAUUGGUCCUGCUGUACUUGCAGGUGCUUAAGCUCAUGCUGCAACUCAGCAGCGGCUGGGACCAGGGACGUGACCCCCUUUCCAGUCCUAGUCUUCCCGUGAGGGCCUGUAUCCAAAUCAUUAGUGCCUUUGCUCGUGCCUCUACCACUGCAGGGGACUUCUUGAGGGCAGCUGCGGACUACCAGCGGCUGCUGCAGCUGCUGCCUGCUGUUGCUGCUAGUGAUGCAGCAGCAGCAGUACAAGCCGUCCUCUCCGCUGCUACCAAACGCGCCGGCAUCCGACAAUACGAUGGUCUACCCGACGUCUUCGCUGCUUCAUCGCAGCAGAAGCACCACCAGCAGCAAAGGGCGGAUGCACAUCUUUGUCGGAGGCAGCCAAACACUGAAGACCUUCAGCCUUUGAGCGAGGGAGAAGGAAACACCAAAACCCCUUGCUUACAGCAAGGCGAACAGCAGCUGGAAGAGCUCAUGCUGUCUACUAUUGCCGCGUUAGAAUCCCAGGGGUUGAAUCGGCUGUGGGCCCACGUUUGCAGUCAACUGCUGCUGUUGUACGUGAAGCUGGGCGAAUUGCAAAAGGCGCAAGGCCUGUUGCCGAGCGUUCACGGGGCAGGCAGAGACCCAUCACUGCCACUGCAUCAGCAACUGGAAGCAGCAGCAGCGGAGGUGCUCUGCUACACUUACACCCAAGACUGGAAGCAACUCCAGCAGUUGCUACCUCACGCGUUGCAGCUCGCAGCCGCCUCCUUAGAUCCCAGAAGCGCAGCAGCAGUCCGAGAGUGCGGGGCGCGGUUGUUGCUAGAGAUGCACGUACACCCAGAAUUGGAGCUACAGCAGGAGCAAGGACAGCAGCAAGAGGAGGAGCAACAGCAGCAGCCCUGGGUUGGCAUUCACGCUCAUCUCAUGGCGGCAUUCCGCCACUAUCAGGAAGUCGGCGACACGCGUGCAGCUGCUGCUGCAUUGCGCCGUGCGGUGCUUGCGGCUCCGUUGGCAGCUUCGUCUGUUGACCCGUUCAGCACGAGAGAAGGAAAGGCCCUACAGGGCGACCCGGAAGUGCAGUGUGCGAAGGCUUUGCGGGCAGCAUUCGAAGCCAACGAUGUUGAAGGUGUUGACAAGGUGUUUCUCCGGCGGGAAGCCCUAACCCUUUAA